AUGUCUCACGAGGAGGAUCUCAUCGACUACUCCGACGAGGAGAUUCAGCCCACCGAGGCACCCGUCAACGGCACCGCGGGCGCGGCAAAGGGCCUCGCCGCAGAUGACGCAGCUGGCGACAAGAAGGGUAGCUACGUCGGCAUUCACUCGACCGGUUUCCGCGACUUCCUUCUCAAGGACGAGCUCAUUCGAGCGAUUACGGACUGUGGCUUCGAACAUCCUUCCGAGGUCCAGCAAACCACGAUUCCCCAGGCUAUUCUAGGAAACGACGUUCUUUGCCAGGCCAAGUCCGGUCUCGGAAAGACGGCUGUUUUCGUACUGGCCACGCUUCAGCAGCUGGACGAGAAGCCUGAAGCUGGCGUUGCCACCGUUCUAGUCAUGUGCCACACCCGUGAGUUGGCAUACCAGAUUAAGAAUGAGUACAAUCGUUUCGCAAAGUUCUUGCCCGAUAUCAAGGUCGGUGUCUUCUACGGUGGAACCCCGAUUCAGGAGGACAUUCGAAUCCUCAAGGACAAGGAGACUCACCCGCACAUCAUCGUCGGCACUCCUGGACGUAUCAACGCUCUCGUUCGCGACAAGGUGCUCCGCCUUUCCAACCUCAAGCACUUCGUCCUCGAUGAGUGCGAUAAGAUGUUGGACCAGAACGACAUGCGCAACGAUGUCCAGACCAUCUUCCGCGCUACCCCGGCUCACAAGCAGGUUAUGAUGUUUUCGGCCACUUUGUCCGAGGACAUCAAGCUUACCUGCAAGAAGUUCAUGCAGAGCCCUCUCGAAAUCUACAUCGACAACGAGAAGAAGCUCACCCUGCACGGUCUCCAACAGUACUACAUGAAGUUGGAGGAGCGCGAGAAGAACCGAAAGCUGAACGAUUUGCUCGACACACUGGAGUUCAACCAAGUCAUCAUCUUUGUGCGAUCCACUCAGCGCUGCACUGAGCUCGACAAGCUUCUCCGGGAAUGCAACUUCCCUAGCACUGCUGUUCACUCCGGCAUCGGCCAGGAGGAGCGUAUCAAGCGAUACAAAGAGUUCAAGGACUUCCAGACCCGUAUCUGCGUGUCGACCGAUAUCUUCGGUCGUGGUAUCGAUGUUGAGCGUAUCAAUGUCGCUAUCAACUACGACAUGCCCGACAAGGCUGACUCAUACCUUCACCGUGUCGGUCGUGCCGGUCGUUUCGGAACCAAGGGUCUGAGUAUCUCGUUCGUCAGCAACCCUGACGACGAGACUGUGCUCAAGGAGAUUGAGAAGCGCUUCGAAGUGGAGCUCCCCGAGUUCCCUGCUGAGGGUGUUGACGCUUCGACCUACAUGGAUAACUAA